UGGUGAGCGGCCGGGCCGGGCGGAACGGAACGGAGCGGAGCGGAGCUGGCUCGGCUCCGACCAGGGAGGGGGCGGCCGGUUUCCGGCACUUGGAGCAGAAGGGGAGUGAGGUGAAGGGGUAGUCCUGCUCCUGCAGCGUCCCGGUUGCGGGUCGGUGGGGGGCCGCGCGGGAGUGAGGGGCCGGGGCCUCAGCGGGGUGGGUGAAGGAGCCGUCCGCUGGGUCGGCGUUCCCCACAGCGGGGGCCCGGCCGUGUCCGUGUGGGGGGAGAGUGCUCGUGCGGCCUGGGGGAAGCAGAACGGUGUGAGGCUUUUCAGUUCUGUCAGCUUUUCUGAUAAAGUGUAGAAAGACAUGCCAAGUGUGGGUAUUUUAGGACCGGUAAACUGUGACAAGUCCUAAAUCAUCAAAUCCAGCCAUGAAAUCGAACUUGUGCUUUUGGUAUCCUUACCUGGACUCGUCUGGAAAAUCACUUUAUUUCCUGUCUCUGUACUUCAAAUGGGACAUUUGUGUUUAGGUAACUAACUACAGGAACAUCAAAAUGCCUAAUCUUGAACAUCCAGCGUACCCAGCAGCUACUCUGCUUCACUUGGAAAGUUUGGUGCCUUGUCGAGAAUCCCAAGUGUCCAUGUUGCUGUCAAUAUUUGGAGAGCGUCAGCAGUUUAGUUUUCCAUCCAUCUUUAUCUAUGGACAUACAUCUAGUGGAAAGACCUAUGUGAUGCAGACUCUUCUAAACACCUUACAGCUUCCUCAUGUGUUUGUGAACUGCGUAGAAUACUUUACUUCACGACUUCUUUUAGAAGAAAUUCUCAUCCAGUUGCAAAGCUGUUCCUCUGAGACAGAACAGACUUCUCGUGUGCCCUGUGAUAAUUUCAAUGACUUUGUACGUCUGUUUAAACAAGCUGUUGAGAGUCGAGAGCUUCAAGAUCAAACAUUAUACAUUGUACUGGAUAGAGCAGAGCAGCUGAGGGAAAUGGAAGCGAACAUCCUGCCAGCUUUUCUUAGGCUUCAAGAGUUGACGGACAGAAAUGUGACAGUUGUCCUGCUCAGUGAAAUAGUGUGGGAACUGUUCCGACCAAACACAGGAUGUUUUGAGCCACUGACCUUGUAUUUUCCUGAUUACAGCAUAGGACACUUGCAGAAGAUCUUGUCUCAGAAUCAUCCCCCAGAAUAUUCUGCGGAUUUCUAUGCUGCAUAUAUCAACAUUUUGCUUGGUGUCUUUUACAUGGUCUGCAGGGACCUGAAAGAACUACAGCAUCUGGCAGCGCUCAAUUUUUCUAAAUACUGUGAACCAGUGGUCAGAGGAGAAGCAAAUGAACGUGACACCCGCAAACUCUGGAAAAAUAUUGAACCUCAUUUGAAGAAGGCAAUGCAGACUGUGUAUCUUCGGGAAAUAUCCAGCUCACAGUGGGAGCGCUUACAGCAUGAUGACGGAGAACCUGGGCAGUUGAAAGGACUUUCUGCACAUACGCAUGUGGAACUUCCUUAUUACUCCAAAUUUCUUCUAAUAGCUGCUUACCUUGCCUCCUACAAUCCUGUAAGGACAGAUAAGAGAUUCUUUCUUAAGCAUCAUGGGAAAAUUAGAAAGACUAAUUUUAUGAAGAAACAUGAAAAGACCAGCAAUCACCUCCUUGGACCAAAGCCAUUUCCCCUGGACAGAUUGUUAGCAAUAUUAUAUAGUAUUGUGGACAACAGAGUUGCCCCAACUGCAAAUAUAUUUUCCCAGAUCACCUCUCUUGUGACUCUCCAGCUGUUAUCUGUGGUUGGCCAUAAUGACCAGCUUGAUGGACCACGAUAUAAAUGUACUGUAUCUCUGGACUUCAUCAGAGCUAUUGCCCGGACCGUGAACUUCGACAUAAUAAAGUACUUGUACGAUUUCUUGUGAAAACAAGCUUCACAGCCAUAUGGACACUGUGACAAUGACUAAGGUAAUGAGGACUUUCACACAGGUACAUCCUGAUCCUGGGAGCCAGACAACAGUUGGAAGAAGAGCAGAGAGUAAGGUACCUUAAGACAUCCUUGCCAGAUGAAGGAGAAUGUUUCUAUAAGAUUCAGCAGAAGAAUGUAACCAAGAGACAGUGAUGGAGAGGGAAGUUGUUUACCACUCUAGUGGCAAAAGCCUUGAUUAUAUUCCUCUUGUUUUCCUUGUUUCUCAUUAGUUAAAUAGCUUUUACAGUAUUUAUGAUGGUGUUGUUUCUCCCUCUCCCCCAUUCCCUCAGUACAAACACAGCUCCUCUUUUUCUUCCUACCCCAUUGCACCCAAUGCACUGAAAAUUCCCACCUGUGCCAGUAAUUUGUGUGGGGAAGCGAGUGCCCUGUGGUGCCUGUGACCCUGCCCUGGGCACCAGCCCAGGUGUAGCCACCCCAGAACAGCUCUGCUGACUGGCAGUUGUUUCAUUGCUUUCUACAACUACCUGAAAGGAGGUUGUGGUGAGGUGGGUCUCAGUCUCUUCUCCUAAGUAACAAGUGAUAGGACGAGAGGAAAUGGCCUCAAGUUGCACCAGGAGAGGAUUAGGUUGGGUAUUAGAAAACAUUUCUUCACAGAAAGGGUUGUCAGGCAUUGGAACAGGCUGCCCAGGGAAGUGGUGGAGUCGCCAUCCCUGAAGGUAUUUAAAAGACUUGUAGAUGUGAUGCUUAUGGACAUGGUUUAGUGGUGGACUUGGCAGUAUUAGGUUUACAGUUGAACUUUUUGAUCCUAAAGGUCUUUUCCAACCUUAGUGAUUCUAUGAUUCUGAGAUCUUUCAGGCUGUAGGAUCUUCAACAGCAAACCUGAGAAAGAUGUGAUGUGAAUAAGCAAAAUAUCUACAAGGAGGGAAACUGAUGAUGGGAAGCUGAUUCCUCUGAUUCAUUUGGGAUGUAUUUGCAGAAAUAAAUAAACCUCUUAACUAAAAUAAAAAGUGAGGAAGCAGGGGAUGAGACUGGAAACUCGAAUUGCUCUGUAGUGAGUAGUCUGUGAUAACUACAACUUUCCCAUGGCUUGACAGCCUGCACACUGGAAGAGCUGAAAGUCCCACUUUCAGAAAGAUACGUAAAUAUGUGUGUGGUUUGUGUUUUGCUGGGAUGGCACAACUUCAUGAAUCUUUGGUGCGGAAGGCAAUUAAGUGUGGGAGUGCGGACAGCUGUUUUCCAUCAGUAGCUACAGAAUAGCUCAUCCAUCAGGAAAGACAGCACUACCUCUGCAUGUUCACAGCCAACACAAUAUGGAGAUAUUGGAGGAAAUCAGGUGAUGCUGGGUUUGGUCUGCUGUUUCCUUCCCAAUUUCCUUUCCUAGGAAAGCAAGGACAGUGAUGGAGCACAGUUAGAUCAGGAAUAUCAAACUAUACUCUCGGCAAGUCAUGUAUCAUCAUGGGUUUCUGCUGAUCCAAGGUUUGUGACUGUGGGCUGUUGCAGUCUCUUUUGGGGGUGUUGUCUUUGACGCUUCCCAAAACACUGAGCCAAUCAGAGGAAAGAGAUGACUCAUUUCCCUGCCCUCCUGCCAAGAUGCUGCUCUUGUGCUUUCAGCUGAGAAGGACGAGAAGUCUGUGGAGCAGAAGACCUGGGCUUAUGGGUUUGGUCACGGGGAUCUAGAAUGGUUAUGUGGAUCACUGUGUGGAGCGUAUCUACGUCUCAUUCAGUUUGUUUAAAUCACAGAAGAGAACCAGUCUCAACAGGCAUCAGGCUAAUCCUUUUUACUGUUUUGUGUCAAACAGUCCUUGCUCAUUAAAAACUGGAAAUUCUUUUGCAUGAAACAAGUCAGUCAGCGCAGGCUGCUUCCCCAGUUCCAACUCUGGCUGCUGAGAAAGUCAUUCUUUUCUUUUUAGUAGGUUAAGGAACAUCAUUUUUAUGCUAACCUUUUUUCUUUUGAGUUCUUUUCUACAGAUGCCUUCCAGAAAUCUUUGGAUGUUCGAUAUGUUACUAUAGAUAUAUAGUAAAAUCUUGACAGCUUUCUUAUUGCUCAAAACCUGCGGUUCCCUGCAGAGACCUUUUCUUCACUGCAGCCUUAUUGCCAAGUUGUCAGAGCAUUAAUUAAACUGGAAGAAUAAGGCAUUGCAUGUCAUUUCCUAUACUGGAUGCCUUCAUGUCAGGAACAUAUCUCCAUGGCAAGAACUUGUAUAUAAACAAAAAAAUAAGCCUGGCAACAGUACAAAAGCUCAUGCAGGCUUUUAAGUGAAAAGUGUGGAAAAGAAAAUAUGGAAUUUAAAGCAAAGUAUUUCUAGAGAAAAUGAAGAGUUUGCUGAAUACUUAAUUCCUUAAGUGCAAAUGCGAUGAUUUUAUUUGGCUACUAUGUGUAUUCCAGUGUUAUUUUUAAUCUCCAUAUUUUCGAUAUUUAUUGGCUCAAACCUUAGAAGGUUUUUCAUUCUAAAAAUCCUCAUUCAUUAUAGGUAGACUGAAUGUUCCUUAGUGUGAUUACAGAUUGUCUGUGUGAGCACAUAAAAUCAUGUAUAGUAAAACUUUAUUCCAUAUAAACUACUAAUAAUUUGCAUAUGUUUCAUUUUGCUGCACAGAUCAAAAUGUCUUCAUAUAUUAUACAUCACCUCUCAAUUUUAUAUACAUUUACUCCGCUGUUUAAAAGCCAAAAAAUACCGCACACAUGUUGAUGCUUUUCCUUCAAUAAAAUGAAUAGAUACUUAAA